AUGUAAUCCAGACGCUUAAUAAUAUUAGAGAAAGAGCAUCACAAACUCGUGAAAAACCCUCUCAAAUAAUCCAAGAUAUUGUUAUUAAUAUGCCUGAAGAAUCUUUUUCAUAUAUGCCUAGUAAUGAAGCUAUACGUAAACAAAUUUCUCGUACUAGAAAUAGAAAUAUGCCUACACAGCCUCAGACAUUAGAAAAUAUUAAUGUCCCAGAUCAACUACGUACAACUAUAAGAGGAGAGCAAUUUUUAGCAAAGGAUAUUGAAUUUAAUAAUGAAAAAAUUAUGAUUUUUUGUACAUCAAACAAUCUUCAGUAUUUAGAAGAAGCCAGAUAUUGGCUUAUGGAUGGUACAUUUAAGACUGUUCCAACAUUAUUCCGUCAAUUGUAUACAAUUCAUGCAAUUGUUGGUGGUGAAAGUAAUUCACGUGUUUUUCCAAUGGUUUAUGUAUUAAUGACUAGUAAGACAGAAGAAUGUUAUACGCGAUUAUUUCAAGAAUUAAUUAAUUUAGGAUAUGAAGCUGGAUAUGAUUUAAGUCCACCAAUUAUUAUAACAGAUUUUGAACAAGCUGUUAUUAAUUCUAUUCGGUUAAAUUUUCCUAAUUCAGCUAAUAAAUGUUGCUUUUUUCACCUUUGUCAAAGUCUUUGGAGACAAAUUCAAGCUAAGGGCUUAUCUAUUGAAUAUGAAGCAAAUGCAACUUUUAGUAUUAAAUUACGUCAAUUAACAGCUCUUGCAUUUCUUCCUUCUAUUGAAAUUCCAGCUGCGUUUGACCAAAUUAAACCCCUAAUGCCUUCUAAUGCUACUAGUAUUGUUGACUAUUUUGAAAAUACUUAUAUUCGUGGAGAAGUUCGGCAACAACUUAGAAAUGGAAAUAUAAUUUAUGACCCACCAACAUUUUCACCAUCACUUUGGUCAAUAUUCGAAUUAAUUACACAAGGCUAUCCUAGAACUCAAAACUUUAUCGAAGGUUGGCAUCAUAGAUGGAAUAAUAUUGUUGGAAGGGCCCAUGUUGGAGUUUAUACAAUUAUAGAAGAAAUGCGUAAAGAACAACACCAAACAGAUAUAAAUAUAGAAAGAGUUUUACGUGGAGAACCUCGACCAUCUCAACCUAAACAUGUUAUUAAUUAUGAAAGACGUAUUCAGGCAGUCUUUAGUAGUCGUAAUGAUUAUACUCUUCCUGAUUAUUUAAGAGGAAUCGCUCACAAUAUCUCUUUAUAA